AUGGCUGCUGUUGGUGGGAGUUUUUGUUGCCUGAAGAUGCGAACGAGAUUGAAAAUUUCGGGAGUGUUACCCAUCGUUUUUCUCGCACUGAUGGUUUCAAACGGGAAAGCAUUAGAUUGUUACUGUCUUGGGAGCUGCCCUGAUGGCUCCUACAAUGGCACAUGUUCUGCUCCACCGGAAAGUGAUUGCUUCAGUGCGGUUGAGGAAGUCUUCAAUCCAGAGACAGGACUGUUAGAACCUGAGCGAACUUAUGGGUGCUUGCCUGCAGAAGAAAGCAGCAUACUGUGGUGCAAGGCUCACCUUGUCCCGCACAAGGUGCCGAAAUCGAUUGCUUGCUGCAGGAGUGGUGACCUCUGUAAUAAGUACCUGAAGCCCAUGUACCAUAUAAGGGCUGAGGAUGAGUAUGGACCUACUGUGUAUCUGUACAAGGACACCUAUCUACAGAUUGUCAUCUUCAUUGCUGUACUGGGUGUUGUGCUGUGCCUAGGCUUGAUUGGCUACAUAUUCUAUACAAGACACAAGAAGGCACUGGAGAGUCGCAGCUUUUUUGCAUCGGGGUGCCGUGAGCCUUUUCUUCCCAUUGAAGAGGGCGGGCCUUGCCUCAAAGAACUUAUUGAGCACUCCAUCACUUCUGGUAGUGGAUCAGGCUUGCCUCAGCUGGUUCAACGGACCAUUGCAAGGCAAAUACAAAUGGUGGAUAUCAUUGGAAAAGGACGCUAUGGUGAAGUCUGGAAAGCUCAUUGGCGAGGCGAAUAUGUUGCAGUCAAGGUGUUCUUUACAACGGACGAAGCGAGCUGGCUACGAGAAACUGACAUUUACCAGACCAUGCUUCUGCGCCAUGACAAUAUUCUUGGCUUCAUUGCAUCUGACAUCAGAGGCACAGGCUCGUGGACACAAAUGCUGCUCAUCACGAACUACCAUGAGCGUGGCUCUCUGCAUGAUUACUUGUCCACACAUGCCUUAGAUCCUGAGGAUGCUGUGCGGCUGGCUCACUCAGCUGCUUGUGGCCUGGCCCACCUACACAUCGAGAUCAUUGGCAAACAAGGAAAGCCAGCAAUUGCUCACCGGGACAUCAAGAGCAAGAAUAUCUUGGUCAAGAAAGAUGGCACUUGUGCCAUUGCAGACUUUGGCUUGGCAGUGAGAUUCAGCAGCGAGGCCAACGAGUUGGACAUCGCUGUGAACCCCCGUGUAGGCACAAAGCGCUACAUGGCCCCGGAGGUGCUUGAUGAGACUCUUGUGCCUAAUCGGUUUGAUUCGUACCGCAUGGCAGACAUGUAUUCCUUUGGCCUGGUGCUCUGGGAAAUUGCUCUGCGCUGCGUCGUAGAUGGUGCUGUGGAGGAAUACUGCAUUCCCUACCAUGAUGUGGUCCCCUCAGACCCAAGCUUUGAGGACAUGCGCAAAGUGGUGUGUGUGGACAAUGCAAGACCACAGAUACCCAAACGCUGGAGCACAGGUGGUUCGGUAACACAGUGCCUGUCCAAGCUAAUGCAGGAAUGCUGGCACCAGAGACCUGGUGUUAGGCUAACAGCCCUGCGGGUAAAGAAGUCACUGGCUAGGCUGGUGGUGGAUUCCAGCUACAUUGGGGGGAAGAUGGUGUGACACCUCGGCAUAUUGUAUGGCUAGAGUACCAGCCUGGGUGCACGGUAGAGCAACAGGUCCUGCAGAUCAUGCUGUGUGCCGCUGUUGUUAGAUAAGCAGGCUCAGCUACCGUAAACCCCUACGGUUGCAUCAUCGUAAGAUGUCUGCAAUCACAUUGCCGUAUCCAAAAGGCCCGAAAUUGCUGUGGUGAGCAGAUCAGCAAUUUGUAAUAGUGAGUUCACGAAAAGCAAUCUGUGCUGACACAGGCCAGUGAACAUGACCUGCGGUACCCGCCCAUUGGAAGUAACGCAGUUUUGCUGUCACUCCCUUUCAUCACUCCGGCUACAUGUGUGGAAUUGAGUGAGCUGCAAUGAUGGAACUGAAUGGCAUGAACGGUGGGUCCUCGGUUGUGACCACGAUUCAGUCACUUAGCAUUGACUUUUUUUCCCCUAAUUACUACAGUGUAAGUGAUUUAGUGCCUUUUUGCUCACACCAGUCCUGAAAUCGAAAGCCACCUGUGGGCAGCUUCUUCACCUUACCAUGAGUAAGCUAUAUGCAACCUCUUUUACCCAAGGAAAUGUGUAUCACAGGGACACAUUGACAUCAGUUACUGUUAUGGGCAGUCCUCUCCUUGUCUGGGCUUUAUUUCUCUAUGUGCCAUUUUAUACAGCUUUUGUUGUUGCCUAGUUUUUUGUCUGACUGUUUUUUGUUAUCUUACGAAGCAUAAAAUAGCACUCACAUUGUUCAUGGAUUUUUUAUUUCAUCAGUUUUUAUUUUGCUCUACAUGUACAUUUAAUCAGCUCUUUAAAGGUUUGCAGCAUUGUUAAGGUCACAACAGUCAUUAGAUGGUUUGCAGCACAUGGACAGAAGUACUCCAAGUUGUAUGCACAACGAAAGAUGUUCAUACCAUUCAUACAAAAGCAGUAAGGAAAAAUUGCACUUUUUUUUUUCUGUACAACUACUGCAUACAAGCUCACAUUUGCCUUACCAUACUGUUUCAACAGCAUAACCACUGCAAAGUAAUGCCUCAGUGUUUUAGUACAGUUUGUGAAGCAUAAUUAGUGUUUUUAUAUGUAUUUAGAUGUGCCCUAGGAUUUAAAAAAACGUCUAUGCAGGUAAGAGCAUUCAUUAUAAGAUUAACAAGCCAAGUACAUAACCACUGAGCUUAUAAAUGUACUUUUUUUUGUGCUGUUGCAGCUGUUGAGUGCCUACGUUUCAUAUUUGCAAAGUGAUUGUGGACAAGUCAGUUAAUUUCAGGCCUCCCACAUUAUAAUGUGACAGCAGUGAAUGAUGUUUACCAUUGAAGCUAUUGCUGUACAGUAUGUCCGAAAAGGUCUUUGAGGAUCUACACUUUCAUGUGAUAAAUUUUAGGGAAAAUAAUGACGAAUGUGAAAUCUCGUAUUUUUUACUAUCAUCUUUUAAGUGCUUACCUAGUAGUGCCUCAUAUGCAGUUUCAAACCUUAUUCUUUUGUUAGUGCUUCAGCAGAGACAUUGAAAAGUUGGUUUGAUUGGGGAUCAGAAAUAAUGAUAACUGAUGACUGUCGUGAUAUUAAAAAAAAGAAAUAGAAAAGCUAGUGCAUGCUGCAGAAGCAGGCACAAGAGCCUUGUCUCCAACAUGCUUCUACUGCCUUAAAAUGACUGAAACAAAGGCUUACAGAGUUUAGAAUAUCAUGUGCUUGUGAAACAGUCAUCCCUCUGACUGCUUAAGUGCACUUCAAGGUUGGAGUGAUUAGCCUCAAAGUCCCUACAGGCUUUAUUUUAAUGUUUGUGGCCACAACGGCUACUGAAUUACUCUUGGCACAUUCUGUGGUGCACUGUGCUAGAACAUGGUGCAUCACUCUGUGCAUCAUAUUCAUGAGAAUUGAGAAGAACAUGAGAAUUCAUUGCUUAAUAGCUUAAGCUGCUACUUCCCUCGUUAAAACAGUGCAAAUUAAGGAAUGUUUUCCUAGCUUCGCAUUGGCAGCAGUGUUAGUUAUUCAGUGACAUAAAAGUGUUCUUUAGACUUCAUACUCGCAGUUCGUAUUGAUUUUCAUUGCUUUGUCACACAUCAGCCUUCAUACAUUUUUCUCAUGUGAACAUAACAGAGUACAACCUUUUUCUUGUGAAUAUGUAAAAAAUGAUAUGUAACAGUUGAUGUGUGGAUGUCCAGCUAAUUAACUCAAACUUUUGCUGUUCCAGUUAGUGUACAUACAUUUACUUGUCUGAGUAUUGUGCCAAAAUGUAAUAUGAACAUGUAUAUAUAAAUAUGUAUAUAUAUAAUGCUAGACAUAGUCAUCAGCUUUUUUGUUAAGUGGUGUGGUGGUAGCACGACAAUGCAAGCUAUGAAGUAUUUGCAAUUGUACCACUGAAUCAGCAGUGUGGCACCCCCCCUCCUCUUUUUUAUUUUCUUAAAUCAGAUGUAGUUGCAUCAGUUUAUUGUGUCAUUUCUAAAUUUAUUGAGGUGCUGCGAUGUAGAGUUAUGUUUGAUAUGAGCUGCAACACGGUGUCCAGGGUUGAAGGAGCUCCAAGACUGCACGGCAGUACCAAUAUACAAAAAGUUGGUUUAAUAAAUAUCAGGGCUUAGAAUACCAGUGUUCAUUUCUCUUAAUUUUGUGUAUGUUGGCGGGACCGUGCAAUCUUGGGGCCCCUUUGACCACGGGUACCGUGUUGCAGCUUAUAUUGAAUGCAGCUGUAUGUGAGCAUAAGGCAGAAAAGAAAUGUAGAUGUUCACAUUCAUGAGGAAAAAAGCCUGUGGAGUAGCUAUGUGCGGUAAAUAUCAGAUGUGCAGAUUUGCUGAUGAGGCCAAUCCUGGUAGAUAACAGCAUCUGUCUAGUUAUCACACAGAGGAAUAAACUGCAUUAAUGUGGCUUCCGUAACCUGUUUCCACCACUGCAAAUUGUGUACCUUUGUAAUACUUGAUGUACUUUUGGUUUUAUGGCUGACCAGCAUGCUUGUUUUUUCUAUACUUUGCCUUGUAAGUGCUGCAGUAGCAGGUUUCUUUGUGUGUGCCUAGUAUGCAUGCCACUGGUCUGUUGGUAAAGGAACAGACAACCAUGGAAACUGGUCCCCCCACCCCACUCUUACCACAUAUGUGUCACUCAUGAGCUGUCAUUGAUACCAAAACAUGUGCAUAAAUCAUGAAGACUUUAUAGACAGCAUAAGCAUAGCUAAAUCUCCUGCAUGACAAGAACUAUGUGUUCUUUUUGAAAUCAUGACUUCAUUGAUACUGUAGCCUGUGCCUUCUGGUGAACGUAACCCAGUUCUUGGUGCUAAAAUGCUUUCCAAACUAAACAAUGCUGCAUCGUGUCAUUAAUGGUCCUUUGAGUGGCUGACUUGCACAUUGUUGGCACAAUAAUCAGCAGCCAAAGCUGAUAGCUAUCAUCGCUUUGAGCAGUACCUGCAUCAACCCACCUCAGAUAUUUUUUUUUUUUUUUAACAGCAUAAUAUGGGGCCUCAGGUGGCACCAUGUGGCAGUUCAGGUCUGUUGAAUGAACAUAGACACUACCCUUUGAGUGUACAGCAGUUGGGAAAUGAUUGCCUUUUCGUCCAUAGCUGCACUCGGCACAUUUUUCCCUUCUCCAUCUCGGGCCAUUUCUGUUUGUCUUUUAUAGCUUAAUGUGCAUUUUUAUGGAUAGCUGUGCUGUUCAGCUUCAUUUAUACCUGCAUUAAGCUUACUCAUGUCUGAACCACUAGGUCUUCACUCAUUGUCAUGUAUGCAUUAUAUUCAUAUUUUUAUCUCGUUAUGUUGUAGCUGAGCAUUUAUUAUUUUAUGGGUCAUAUAAAGGAAAUUGACUAUGCUGAAGGGGUCAGAUCCCAGGCGGCAAUGUUUUUCGAAAUCCAGUGGCCAAAUCGUUAUUUGAAAAUUUUAUUUCUUUAGUUUUGUCCAAUUUUAUUUUGUCUGACCACAGGAAGUUCGUGCAAUUUAUUCUUUUUUGUGGGGUUUAUGUAAAGGUUUCACGCUGUGGCACAUAAUGCCAAAGCUCCGUUAUCUGUGCUCCUGACAUUGUAGCUCUUAUGUAUUCCUGCAAGUAGAUCACAAAACCUUUUGCCCGCACACUGUUUUCAUCAUGCAACAAGCAGGCGAUGUUCCAACCAUGUUUCAGUGCCUAUUGGAACCCUUCGUUCUCUGGUGCAUUUUACUGCUGCUUGCCUUGUUUUAAUAUGCCUUUGCAUUUCUCACUUGGUGAUUGGGGACAGCUGACAAUCUCUCAUUCACAGCCAAUUGGGGUAUGCUUGUUGUGCCUUGCUGUACGGCUUUCUAUUUGCAAGCUUUGUGGAGGAUUGCAGGACGAUUCCUCUGCCCACGCUGCCUUUGGUACACACACAUGGCCUGAAGAGAUUUUGUAAUUGUGUGCACGCAUUUUAGCGACUUCUCUACAGCUUCUUUUGGGCUGGAAGAGUCUUCUUAAUAGUGCUUUUUGAAUGUGCAGGUAGACCAAUUCAGGUGUCAUAAUGAUAUUUAUAUAUGUUUGUUAUGCCAGUUGUUUUCUCGUGUGCCAUCAAGUAUUUUUAUUCAGCAGCUUACGUGAUGCACUUUCGAAGCCCAGAAUUGCCAGGUACAGUUGUGAAACUGCAAAAGGAUGCGUGUGCUGGUUUGGUUGCCCAGUGCAAACGGCAAGCACAGCAAUUUAUGCCACAGCACGUGAUCCCCCCCCCCCCCCCUCUUCUUUAAUUUUUUUUCUCGUGCUUGCUGCUCUGAGGCUUUGUUAUGUGUCAUGUGGCGUUAUAUAUACUACUUUUCAUUUUGUAUCUAAUGUGAUCAGUUUGUGGUAUCGAGUUGCACUUUCAUCUCCUCAAUGGUAAGGAGCCUGACAUUUUUGUGUGCAAGAUGCUAUACUGCGAUGCAUAAAAUGCUAUAACCCUAUGAAAAAUUAGGUCCCCUUUGUAGCUCUCUCCUGUUUAUUAACUGCGUGACAAAGGGAGCUAACAGUGUGCAUCUACAUUUUAGUAGCACAGUCAGGCCUGUGUUGCAUUUAGGGUUCAAUAUUUUUAAAAAUAAUGCCAUGCACUUGUUUUCGCACUGCUUAUUGUGAAGGUCAAUUUGUUUUUCUUUAAAUUUAGGUAUUUUUAGUUGGAUGACCAUUUAAAUGCUUGUUUAAUGUUUAAUAGUACUUUGGCAGUAAGUGCAAUAUGACGAGUCGGUAUAACAAAGACAGUAUGCCUAAAUAAUAACAUUGUGUUAUCCCUUUACUGCAAAAAGCAUUGUUUCUGUCGUAAUCAACUUAUUAUUCAAAUGAGUGCCCUUAUGAAACUUGGAAAUUGAUUGCUUUAGAGUGUAGACAUUUGCUUUGUUUUCGGUGCCAUAAUGACAUUGGGUACUAAUCUUUAUGUAUUAUAACUGUACUUUCAAGAAUGAAUCCACCUAUUUUUGGGGUCUUUCUUAGUUUAAAGAAAAAUAUUCUGAGACCUGUGGAUAAUGCAUUGUCCAAUUCUAUUCAUAUUUGGUCAUCUUCGUUGCUGUAAAAUUUCAGCAUCCCAAACAUUUUGCCUCAGUCACUGAGUGUGGGAUAAAUAUUAUUACCUUAUGUGUUGGCUGAAGGUGCAUUUGCUGGGAAAUGUGUGCUGUAUAAUUCUGCAGUUUCAUACCAUUGAGGAUAUGGAAAUGAACUCCAAGUCAUAAGUCUGUGCAACAUUGAUGUAAUCUUGUAAGAACAGUAAAUGUACAUUUAUGCUCAUUU